AUGGUACGAUACACCGAAUUACUCUGGGAGAUGAUCGCGCGACGUCGAGGUGAAAAAGUACGCUGGCGCGUUGUGGUUCUCAUCGAAAUCAUCAAAGCGACAUGUCGCCUGCUUCUACUGCGCCUCACGAAUUCUAGGCCGCUGGUCAGCCCACCGUUACCUGAGCGCGAGGUAGAUCCUAGGUCUACGGAGGAAGAAGAGAGUGAUUGGAAUGGGAUGCAGACACCCGUCAGUGAGCGGUCCGCGGACUUGAGCUGGACUAUGCCGCGCACUGGAUUAUCGCUUCCUUCUCUACCUGAUGCCAACGACAUUUCCAACUUUCUCAUAUCCAAAGUCUUAACAGCCGACGAUAUCAAGCCGCCGAAGGCGCUUUUGCACCGUGUCAGUGGUCAGGGCCAGGUAGCAGAAGUGCUAUACAUCCUGCGGCCGGUCAUCUAUGCACUAGCGCUGCAAAGAUGGCGGCGUGACAAGAGAAGCUGGAGGCCCUGGUUGAUUGGCUUUGCUAUGGAGUAUGGUUGUCGUCAACUUGCCAAGUCUGAUUUCCGCGAGCGGGUGGCAGGAGGCCUUCGGGGUCUCACAGGGCUUGAACGCGAGGAACUGAGAAAGCGAGGCUGGGCCAUGGGCUGGUGGCUUAUGCGCGGUGCAUUCUAUGAGAACAUUACCAAGUCUUGGCUAAAGGGGUUAACCUCCAAGAUGAAAGGUAAACCACUGCUUGAUCUGGUGGGGAGCGUCAUCGAAGACUAUGAAUACUUAUGGGAGAACUUCUACUUCUCUACUGCAACGCUGUGA